AUGGCCUGGGGGUUCGAGUCCCAUGCAGCCCCCUCUGCCUUUGCAGGAAUGGGAGGGGGAGGCCCUCUGGGCAUCGGGGAGCGCGGGGGGGGGGAGAAUAUGUGGCUGCAGCCUUCGCAGGAUGAUGGGCUGCUGUCCUCCUCUUGCAGGUUGACGGACGCGCUGGGCCCGGCCUUUGGGCUGAUCUCCCGGGAGGCCCAGUCCAAGAUCAGCAUCAUGCAGUGGCACCAGCAGGGACCCCAGGGACCCCACUACCACACCGUGCAAUCCAUGGUGGACUUCGAGCUGGCCUCGGGCUUGGUGGGCUUCCGGUCCUUGCCGGCCCGCCUGCCUCCCUCGGGCUGCCGGACGCUGCUGCGCCUCCACCGCACCCUGAAGUGGCUGGAGCUUUUUCUGCGGAGGCUGGGCGCCAGCCGGGAAGACGAGAGCCCCUCCCGGAUGUGUGCGGAGGCCUACCGGCUGGCCCUGGCCCCCUACCACAGCUGGUGGGUGCGGCAGGGGGCUGCCCUGGCCUUCCUGGCUCUGCCCUCCCGCCGGGAGCUGUACCACACCAUCCUGCGGGCGGAGCAGCUGGCGGCCGGGGCCCUCGUCCUGACCACGGUGGAGAGCCUGGGACGGGUGUACAACGUCACCCAGGAGGUCUACUCCGCCCAUGGGAUGCUGGACCUGCCCUAAGGAU